UGUCAUAUGUAAUCAUUUGGAUGACGUCUCCGCGGAACGGAGGGAGGGAGGGAGGUUUCUUUCCUCCGGAGAGCGAGCUAUCCAACCAUCCAUCCAUCCAUCCAUCCAUCCAUCCAUCCAUCGUCUAUCGAGCUAUCCAUCAGAGCGUCGAUGCGUGGAGAGGGAAUUCUACAGGAGCGUCAGCGACUAAUUAAGAAUGGCCUAACAAUGCUGCUGCAGAAUAAACGCAGGCUCCUGAAUACUAAGUGAGCUAGCAAGAUGGGGAACGGAUUCUCGGAAUUCACCUGCCUCUCGCCCUUCCAGCCUCUACACAUUGUCAUCGUGGGAUUGGAUUGCGCCGGCAAGACCACGGUGCUAUAUCGGCUGCGAUUCGACGAGUUUGUCAACACUGUCCCGACCAAGGGUUUCAACAGCGAGAAGAUAAAAGCCUCGCUCGGGGAGAGCCGGCGGACAGCGUCCUUUCACUUCUGGGACGUCGGAGGUCAGGAGAAGCUUCGACCUCUGUGGCGUUCCUACACCCGCUGCGCCGACGGCAUGGUGUUUGUGGUGGACUCUGCGGACGCCGAGCGCAUGGAGGAGGCCAAGACGGAACUGCACAAGAUCACCCGGCUGGCGGAGAACCAAGGCGUGCCCGUGCUGGUUGUGGCCAAUAAGCAGGACUUGAGGAACUCGCUGACCGUGACGGAGACGGAGAAGAUGUUGGCUCUGGGCGAGCUUAGCGCCGCCACGCCCUGGCACCUGCAGCCGGCUUGCGCUAUCAUCGGCGAGGGCCUGCCCGAAGGCCUGGCCAAACUGCACGGCAUGAUCGCAAAGAGGCGCAAGUUGCUGCGACAACAGAAGAAGAAGAGGAAGAGAUGAUGUGGCAAAUCCAGCGCCGCUAGUAGGAGCUGCGUCCCUCAAAGGAGCUUUUUCCCACCGUCCUGGGAUGUUUGUUCAGGUCACUGAGCGUUAGAGGACCAUCGGAUGGAUCCGUUCUGCCCUAUGGACAUUGAAUGCUACCGAAAAGUGGGGACAGACAAUCAAACUUCCUGUUGCAAACAAAUCAAAGAAUGCAGAGUUCACUGCCAACCUUAUGCUGCCAAAACAAUCAACUGCAUACAACAUAGUUGGACUAGACCAAAGCUUGCUUGCCUGCCUGCCUGCCUGCCUGCCUGCUUGCAGGAUACAGAUUAGGGGCACAAUCAAAUGUACUACACUGCAGUAUAUUUUGGGAGCAAGGAUGAAAGCUAUUACUGGUGUACUAGUCAAAUCAAAAGGCUACUAUAUCUGUUAGGAAAUGAUUCACAUUGGCCUUUCCUAUCUAGCAGAGUUAACAUCACUUGGUAAAUUGCUCGCUUUUUUUUUUUGCACCUCAGCUCUGAAAACUUGCUAAGACUGAAGUUAAAGCAAUCGUGACUUUUGUCAGGAUGAAUGACUGUUCCACAUACAUGUUUGAUAUAUCAUGAAUUGCUGAGUGUCACUGUGACAUCUUAAAUGGGAUUGUCAUCAUUUUUGACCGGCAGACGCCGCCGUCUUCAUCGCACUGGCAUCCCUUGGUCAGCUCGUCGAGCGUCCGUCCUCGCCUCCAUUUGAAAAUUCAUCGUGUGCACUUUAAACGGCCCCAUUCAUGGCUUGAAAAGGGACUCGAACAGAAUCCUUCUGAAAUCAAUAGUGUUGCCUCAAAAGGGCAUCUGAUCCUAUUUAUGGGCAUUUCAUAUUGUGCGUUUGGAAUAAAGCAAAUGGAGAUAGAUGAA